UAUAAGAAAGAGGCACCAAGGCUAAGACACUUACACACUCCUACAACAAAAACUGGAGAAAAUAUUUGGCUGCAUCUUUCUCGUUCCGUUUUCACAAAAGAAACAUAAAAUGCAAGUCCUAGAAAAAGACGUGCUUUCUGUUUGCAGUGUGGGCAAAUCUGAGAGAGGUGAAUCAGUGAACCACGAUUCAACUGGGACAACCUCAUUUUUCAAGACAACUUUCAAUACUGUCAACACCCUUGCAGGGGUAGGGAUUAUGUCGAUUCCAUAUGCCAUAUCAUCUGGAGGUUGGUUAAGCCUUAUAGGUCUAUUAGUUAUUGCUAGUGCAACCUUCUAUACGGGCUUGUUGAUUAAAAGAUGUAUGGACGUAGACCCGAGUGUAAGAAGCUAUCCUGAUAUUGGCGCUAAAGCUUUUGGAAGAAAAGGAAGAAUACUUAUCUCUGUUUCCAUUCAUCUUGAACUUUUCUUAAUUGCCGUAGGUUUUCUAAUAUUAGCUGGGGAUAACUUGCAUAAAUUACUACCAAACCUGGAAACAAACAUACAUGGUAUCCAAAUCGGAGGACCGCGGAGUUUCAUCAUACUAGUUGCCCUCAUUGUACUACCUGUGAUUUGGAUAAAUAAAAUGACCACUCUCUCAUACAUAUCCGCCACUGGUGUCUUAGCCUAUAUGGUCAUACUAGGAUCAGUUUUAUGGUCAGGCCUAUUUGAUGGUGUCGGAUUUCGUCAGAAUGGAGUGCUUAUAAACUGGAGUGGACUGCCUACAGCUUGCAGCUUGUAUACUAUGUGCUAUCAUGCUCAUUCAGUUUUCCCCACUCUGUACACUUCGAGCAGAAAUCAUGGACAAUUCCACUUGGUUCUGCUCAUCAGCUUUCUGUUCAGUACAGUAACCUAUGCUUCAAUGGCGAUCAUCGGAUACCUAAUGUUUGGAUCAGAAGUACAAUCACAGAUAACAUUGAGUCUUCCAACAAAUAGUUAUAGCUCUAAAGUGGCACUUUUUACUGCUUUAAUCAAUCCUAUAGCCAAAUAUCCAUUGUUGUUAAAGCCAAUAGUUGACACGAUCGAAACCCAUUUCCAAUCUUACUGUGAGAGAAAAUUCUACCGUUUGUUGCUAAGGACUAUCUUGCUUGGAAUCAGUAUUACCAUAGCUGUGGCCCUACCGUAUUUUGGGUAUCUAAUGUCACUUAUUGGAGCAUUUUUUAGUGCAACAGCUUCAAUAUUACUACCAUGCAUAUGCUACUUGAAGAUCUCACAGGCUUAUAGGAAGAUUGGUUUUGAAUUGGCUGCCAUUGCCUUCAUCAUGCCUAUGGGCCUUGUUAUCCUUCUUUUUGGUACUUAUAUUUCCAUGUUGCAAAUAAUCAAUAGCCUUUAGAUAACACCGCGUAGAUUUGAUAUAGAUAUUUAUCAUCACUAAUAAAAAGUACGCGCGAUGUUCGUGAUUUUAUUCA